UAAAUUAAAAAGACCAGUGAACGAGGAUUUAGCAAGAAAAACUCCUCUUUUAAUUUAGAGCGGAAUUUAGCAGUAAAAAUUUUAGAGGGGUUGAUAGAUUCAUUAUCAAAAACGAGUUUGUUUCUAGAAGACCAAAUUGCAAGGAGAGCUAUAUCACAGAGGGCAAUUGCAGGAAUUUUUGUUGAAAUAUUUUUCCCUUCUGAUUUUAUUUUCCUAAUUAAAAACCCUUUUCAAAUUAUGGCAGGAAAUGAAUCACAAGACACCGUGACGUAGAUUGUGAUAAUCUGUUAUUGCUGCUACUGGUAUACAGUGCAAUAUUAACGUUUACAACACGCUUCUAAACGAAUUCAGUUCGUCUGGACCAGUCGCGUUGUGUUUCGUAGACUCUCUAUUAAUGAUAGGAAAAUUCCGAGUUAUCACAAUGUACGUCAUAGGGUCACGUGAUAAAAAGCAAAAUCGUGUCCCCUGCGCCCCCUGAUUAGAAUUUUUUGUUCUGAACCAGGAAAACCUUACUUCUAAAUGAUGAUCUACAAGGCAUACCGUAAAAACCGGACCCUAAGACCCUGAGACCUAGGACCUUAAAGUACUAAAAUAAAAAAGGACCCUUAACACCGGAAGGGUCUUCGCCCCAAUAAGACAAUAGUCGAUCAAAGUUGACUGUCAUCAUCGCACCAUGAGAACACAUCAAAUGUCAAAUUCGUUUUUGCUCCUACUACGGCGUUCUUCCGCAUAUUAUUCACAUCAGCUGCUGUCUUCAAAUGAGUCUGUCAUGGAGUCAGGCAGCGACAAGGAAGUUUACGGCAGCCUUUUGGGCUUUUUCUAGUUUUCUUUUCUUUUGUUCCCUUUGAGACUGGUUGCCACAGAACUGUUGAUAUUUUCCUGCAAACUUUGCACAAUUCUUUAUAUCAAAAAAUGUAUCCUGAAAACCUCUGCCAUUGGAUUAUAGAAAAUAAUUAUCAAAUAAGUUAUUGAAUUUAUUUUUAUGUGGGGGAUUUUUGAAGCUGACCUCUGUUAGUAGAUAUCAGUUCCAGAAUAAUUUCAAACUUCUUUUUACACACCCCAUGAUUUGGCAAUAAUACCAUUUUUCAGAAUAGGGAGGGCAGAAUCCAAGAAAAUCACGCAAAAGCAACAAGCAACAACCAAAGAAAGUGCCUGCAUCUUUAUCUCUGACGCAGGCCUUGAUCUUGAUCUGUCUCUUCUUUAUGGUUGACUCCAUAAAAGAGGUUAAACGACAUUGAAAGAUCUUCAAAUUCCUUGUCACUUUCUGACUUAUUUGAAGGCAGCAGCUGAUGUGGAUAAUAUGCGGAAGAACGCCGUAGCUGACACAAAAGCGCAUUUGACGGUUGAUAUGUCCUCAUGGUGCGAUGAUGACAGUCAACUGCGAUCAACCAUUGUCUUAUCGAGGUGAAGACCCUUCUGGUGUUAAGGGUCCUUUUUGAUAUUAGUACUUAAAGGUCCUGGGUCUUAGGGUCUGGUUUUUACCGUAUGCCGAUCUAUAAGUUAAUGAAAAGAAAAGAUAGAGUGAAAAGUGUGUCAUUUGUCCUUUAAACAAAUUUAACAUCUUCAAAACUUUCUCUUGAACUCUUUCUCCUUAACCUCUCACCUUCACCUUUCCUUAACCUUCUUUAUCAUUGCUCGCGAAAACUUUGCUAAACCACUCUUGCUUUCCUGCUUUUGUGCUUUCUAUUGCCCGACGAUCUUUUUCCUCCAUCCACCUCACUGCUGCAGGCCUAGGAUCAAAGUCACAUAGUUGUGGCAUAUUUAUAUGUAUGUAAAGGUAAUUGCUGACGGUUUGGCGCUUGAAAGAUGAUCUGCAUUUUGAUUUGAUCUUAUUAUAAAGAGGAAUGACCCACUCACAAUCAGCUGAAUGGGGUUUGCAUGCAGAAACGGGCCAAGGACGACACAGAUAUCUCAAUACUAGUCCCUUGCUCCUUGUAGCAUGUUUUUGCAGCAUGCUGAAGGAAUCGGCCUUUUGCAUUUCGGCACAAUCUUGCAGAUCCUAAUACUGAAUGGGUACAUUUGCCAAAUCCAAGUCAGUAGCAAUAGAGCGAUGACCUUCUUUUAUUUCAUCUUCUGUGGCCAUGAUUUUAACAAACAGGGUAAAUGAUUUGGAAGCAUUUCUGUCCACUUGAAGUCGCUUGUCUACGAAUGUGUUGAUUGCUAUCACUGAUUCAGUCCGAAUAGCACUAAACUUUCUGCGAUCUGUUACAAACAGAUUGGCAUCUGGUCGAUGUCUUUCCUUCUCCCAAAGCUUGAUCCCCCAAAACUUAUUGGCUUCUUCAUCAUACCUUUCUUUGAAUUGAUUUUCUUAACCUCCUAGCAAGGAUCCAGUGCUCAGCUUGUUCACCCUUUCGUAAAACUUCUCUGCCUCUGGCUCAAUGUCCACAAUUGUUAGUGAGUCGCUCUGAAGCUUCUUUUCGAACACUUUGAUUAAGGAAAGCAGGUCUGCAACAAAACACAUCAAAAGAAGGUUGUCCUUUUUGGUAAGAAACUUCGGAAACUUUUUGCCUUCAGCAUCGCAUUGCUCUACAUUGAACUUUACAAGUGCUUGCCACGAGCACAGAAUAGCAUCAAGAAGAGCAGCUGUAAAUUCUGCCCAUCUGAACUCAAAAUACUUUGGGAAACAAAGCACUGUUAGCCCUUCCACUUUUGCAACUUUUUCCAGUUCACUGGUUCGAUUUGCUGAAACAUGAAAAUAGGUAGAAAUUGCUGCCAAUUUCUCAACCAAGUGAUCAAUUUUUGGGACAUUCUUAAAUAAGUCUUUGUAUGCAUUUGCAGUUGAAUGCACUGCACAAACAGACUUUAGGAGGAGAGUGUUGAUGUCUAAUUUCCUUCGGUCGUCAUUUAUUUUCCCAGUCAGUUGAAAGAUGAGUUAUCACUUUCAUUACUUCGUGGAAGCCAACAGUAUCAUCUGACCUCAAUUUCAAUGCUGCAAGAUGCCCAGAGGCACCUGGAUCAGUCACGUGUCCAAUGCCAAUAAACUUGAGAUUUGGUUUCCCAUUUUCAUUGACUACAUUAAAGUGCAUAUCACCUAAUUUGGGAUAGAGAUUAAACCAACUGAAACAACUGCGCUGAGUUCAAAUAUCAAAUUUAAAAAGCGUUUUGAGCAACGCAAGCCCUCGAAAAGGCCCCCAAAGUCUCUACAUUUUGCCUCCAAUCCGCGCAUGUUAUAGAGGUCUAGGCUCUAGUCUUUCAUGACGUAGAAACCAGAACGUCUUCCGAAACCUUGCGCAGUAAAUUAUGGCCGACUCUGAUUCCGAAGCAUCCAACAUCUCGUCAAAUCCUAGUUCCUUUACGGAUCACGAAUUACUGGAUGAAAGUUUAGAUUAUGAGCAUGCGGGGACUGAAAACGUCGAAGCUGGGUGCUUAGAAGCUUACGCUGAUGAAGCAAUGGCUGAUGCGGCGUGGAUGCAGAAAUAUGAAGAAACCAGGAGGCAAGAAGAUGAACGUUUAGAUAAUUUCACUCGACGUCUGCGGGGUGAAGUAGCAGUCGAUUCAUGGUAAGUUGGAUUUAUAUCAUGGUCUAUUUUAAAGAGGAUAGGCCUAAGAGGCCAUAACCAAACUAAUUAAGGAUAGAUACACUUAGGUUCGAAAAGUAUUGCACCACUAGCACCACUUCAAUGAACGAGCAAUGGGGACGGAGUUGUAAACAACAUGACCUUCGAAAUUCAAACCACUUUUGUGAAGCCAUUAGACGUAAGGUUAAAGUUCAAGACCAAUUAAAUAUAACUUCAAACCAUUGGCAAUACUUUUAUUUUUAUUUUUUUAGAAAAAUGUCGUCAUAAAUAUCAAAAAAAUUAAAUUUUUCAUUGGAUGGUCUCACAGCGUUGAAACCCUUGUGAAACUUGUCAAAUUCAAUCAAAAUCUUUUGCAGCAGGUUACUUUCAAACACCACAUGAUAAAUUUAAAUAAACUUUGGCAAGACCUCAUUAAGGUGUUUGUCAUCCCAGAAGAUCAUGGCCUUGAAUUUAGCAAAAAGUGCCUGUUGCAGUACAAAAAACGUGCAACCACAUCUUUAUUAUCAGUCAAGGAAAUUAACAGUUUUGGGCACUUAAGCAAAAAGUUAGUAUGUCCGAGUUUGCCUUAAUAAAUUGUACAAUUUUCCAUUUUCCAUUAUAUUCUACCCAAACAGUAAUCUAAAAAACAUUUAUUUACCUUGCUAUAGCUUUUUGAAUUUCGGGUGGCGUAAUACUUUUCAAACGUAAGUGUAUGUGUUGACUGCCUAGAUAGGCCAAUCUUGAAAUUAUUAUAUAUAUAUCACAUAUUGCACUCUACAUUGAUACUAACAUAGCCCAAUUUAAUAAAUGCUCUGAAGGUGCACAUGUGGAAGUUGCAAUGUAGCAAUGCUGAUGAAUGCAAUGGAAUGCUACUGUUGCGAAGAGUUGGAAGGAUGCAUCACUGCAUUGAAUGACCCUUUAGUUUUGAAUGAGAGACCAGGAGAAGUAGGCUGCAUUACAUCCCAUCCAGGCUUUGAACCAUGUUGCCUGCAACCAUGGGUUCUCAGAUUGACAGGCCAAAGGUUUAAACGGAAAGACAAGCUAACAUAUUCAAAAAUAAAGACAGAAGAGAGAUUCUUGCGGGCCAUUGUUUAUAGGCAGUUUACCAGGCUGGUAUAUGGAUUACUUGGCAACAAAAGAAUUCCAUUACCAGCUUGUGCAUACCAUACAAUCCGAACCAAGUUUAAAACUGAUGAAGAAUUUUGUGGUUUUGAUGACAAUGAUGAUUGACAGAAAGGUUUAACAGUUUUUUGAGGUUUUGAAUUUAAUGCUUGAACAAGAUACUGGGAAACCUCUAUGCCGCUAAUACACAUCUAUUGCAAACUUCAAUAAUUUGAAUGGUAUGUGGGACCGUUUUUCUAAUUUUUUGAGCUACAUUUUGGAGGCUUUCCCAUUUCAUCUUUGUGGGAUACUGUUGAGUAGUUUCCAACUGUGAGUAAAACACUUUUGAAUAUUUCAACAUCUAAUCUUUGGCAUUUUUGGGGCAUGCUACAUAUUGGUGACCUUUCAUAGGCUGCUUACAAACUGAGCAGUGUGGUGUUUUUCUUUGACUGCGAUUUGUUACUUGUUGCUCGGGGUUUGAACAUGUAGCUGACACAACAUCAACAGACAUCUGUGAGCGCUUCAAGAACUUAUCAAUA